UUAGUUAAAAAAAGACAACAUGAUGUUUUCAAUGUCAACUUCAGAUUGCAUGAUAUUUAUAUAAUCAUAGAAAAUAUUUCCACUCUACUUAUCUCUAUGCCACAGACUAAGAAGACGUAUCGUAAAACUAUGAAUGAAAAAAUCUAUGGAAAAAAUAAACUGACAUUGACAUUGGAAAUCUUAACUUCUUUUCGUUUACUUUACUCGUCGUUGAUUUAUCUUCUCAUCAAAAUAAAAAUCGUAAAAAUCUAGAAAUACUUACUGUGAUUUAAAUAAAUUUGUAGUUUUAAAACGAAAAAGUACAGAAAUUGUGCUUCACCUAACAAAGAUAUAUUUUUAAAUAACAAACGUUGACUUCUAAUCACUACGCAGUAAAUUCAUUAAAAUUUUGAGGAAACAUGGUUUGUGUGCCUUGUUUUAUUAUUCCGGUGCUGUUGUUUUUGUGGCACAAGUUUAUUCAGCCCUAUGUUCUACGAUUCUGGAAUCCAUGGGCAGUGAAAGAUGCUGACGGGAAUGUCAAAACAGAAUUUCCUUUUAAAUGCGAAGGAGGCGUCUGUACAUUUAGUAAAGGAGCAAGUAAUAAAGAUAAGCAAUGUGAACAAUCUCAAAAACUUUCCAAUGAAACCAACGUUGCAUCAGACAGUCGAUUGAAAGCAGAUUGAUCAGAUGGAUCAGUAUACAUGUAUAGCACUAAUUCAAUAACAAAUAAAUUAAUAGUUCAUAAUAAUUGGUUAUGGAAAAAUUUUACCCUUAAAUUAUUAUAAAUAAAUGUAUAUUUAAAGUCUCAUUUUGUUUAUACUACCCGAAAUAUUAGAAAGGAAAUGGCGAAGAAAAAAUAAAUCUUUGGUAAAAUGUGUUUAUGAUACAGCCUAACACUACACAACCUAAACUAAAAUAUUAAUUUAUGUGAGCCUACUUCUACAAUUAGUGUUUUAACUUAGCAAACAUUUAUGGGAGGUUUGGAGCCUCUACAAACAAACUUAACACAAUAGGUAUUUGUACACAUGAGUAUGAACAAUAUGUGAUUGACAAUGGAUUAAUUAGAGUUCAACUAAUGAUCAUUAGUGAUUUUUCUCAAUACUUCAGAUUGGUUAUCCUAGUACACAAAAACAA